AUGGAUAUUCAAUAUGUUUACACAAAGAAACGAUCAGAAUUUGGUCGUCAAGUCAUUUUUACAGAUCGACCUGUCGAAUUAAUUGCUGAUAUUCCACCCAAUCUUGAACUAUCUCGUGAAUAUAUUUCUCGUAAUCCCGUUGAACUUGCCAUACAAAACGUGCGAGAAUUCUCUGAACAUUGGGUGAAUACAGUUCGAUUUGAAACAGAAAAUCGAGGCAUAAAUCAUGUUGAAGGUGGUUGGCCAAAAGAUAUAAAUUCACUUGAACCUGAUCAAACAUCACGUUUUCGAAAGAAAACAGAAAAAGAAGAUGGUUAUACUCGAUCUAUGUUAUCCCUUGGACAAUUAGUUGAACAUACAAUCAAACAAAAUAAUGCUGUUGAUAUUUAUGAAAAUUAUUUUCAAAAUUUAGAGCCUGACGUUGUUGAAGAAGCACCUUAUGCUAAAACCGUUAAUAUCUAUCGUGAUCCACAUAAUGCUCGACGUGCAGCAAAUCAUAUUUCAUGGUAUGCUGAUGGAGCACGAAAAUUAGCUGUAUCCUAUUGUAAUCUUGAAUUUCAAUCCGGUGCAAAUGAUUCAUUUAUAGAUUCAUACAUCUGGGAUACUGCAAAUCCAACAAAACCUGAUCUUAGUUUAAAACCAAUAUCUCCACUUGUUUGUAUUGAAUUUAAUCCAAAAGAUACACAUCAACUUGUUGGAGGUUGUUAUAAUGGUCAAGUUUGUAUAUUCGAUACAAGAAAGGGUAGUACAGCUGUUGAACAAUCACUUAUUGAAAAUAGUCAUCGUGAUCCAGCUUAUAAAACAGUAUGGUUACAAUCAAAAUCAGGCACAGAAUUCUUUUCUGCUUCGACUGAUGGCAAAGUUCUUUGGUGGGAUACAAAAAAAUUAUCAGAACCGGUUGACACAUUAAUAUUAGAUAUUGAAAAAAAAGGUCGAUUAGAACAUGCUCUUGGUGCUAUGUCAUUAGAAUAUGAACCAACAAUUCCAACAAAAUUUAUGGUUGGAACAGAACAAGGUCGAAUUGUAUCAUGUAAUCGUAAAGGAAAAAAUGACGCUGAAAAAAUUGGUAAUGUUUUUCCAGGACAUUGGGGUCCUGUUUAUGCACUUCAACGUCAUCCAAAUUUUUUAAAAACUUUUUUAUCUGUUGGCGAUUGGACUGUACGUAUUUGGUCAGAAGAAAUGCGAGAUGAUUGUAUUAUGUGGACAAAACCAAGUGUGCAUGCUCUUACCGAUGGUCAAUGGUCACCAACACGAUCUUCUAUAUUUUUUACAACUAAAAUGGAUGGUACAUUGGAUGUUUGGGAUAUAUUAUUUAAACAAAAUGAACCAACUUUAUCAAUUCAAGUUGUUGAUGAAGCACUUUAUUGUUUACGUGUGCAAGAACCUCAUGGUCGCCUUGUUGCUUGUGGUUCACAAAAUGGUACAGUAACAUUAGUUGAAGUAUCGGAUAAUUUAUGUAUACAAGGAAAAAGUGAAAAAGCUUUGGUGAAUGGAAUGUUUGAUCGUGAAACACGACGUGCAAAAAUUCUUGAAGCUCGAGGUCGAGCAAGACGAGAUAUUCGAGGAAAAUCAGCACAUGGCGAGAAAACUGAAAAAACAACGACUGAUGGUGGAACUGUUGAAGCAGAAUUAAAAGAAGCUGACCCUAUUGAAAAAGCUGAAAAAGAUUUUUGGAAAAUCGUUGAAGAAGAAAAAAGAAAACGAGAUCGAAAAACUGUUACAGGUACUGAAAAGACAGCAGGUGAAGCUGGAGAAAUGGCACAAGCUGAAGAGGCAGCAAAUACAACAGGACAAACGGUCCAAUAA